AUGGGAGCCUUGGGUUCGCUCUGGGUUUUCUUCACUCUCAUCACUCCAGGAGUUCUUGGUCAGUGUAAGUUGCCGCCAAAGUAUCCUUUUGCUAAGCCUUCUAUUGUGAGUGAUAAGUCUGAGUUUGCUGUUGGAACACAUUGGGAACACAAAUGCCUCCCUGGGUAUAUUAGGAGGUCAUUUAAUAUCACCUGCUUAGAAACCUCCGAGUGGUCAGAUGCUCAGCAGUUCUGUAAACGUAAAUCAUGUUCGAAUCCUCAAGAACCCCUCCAUGGUUUUGUGCAUGUAAACACGGGUAUCACGUUUGGGUCAACAAUUACAUAUUCUUGUAAUGAAGGAUAUCGACUCAUUGGUGACCCAUCUGCUACAUGUAUUAUAUCAGACAAUACUGUAAUAUGGGAUAAUGAUGGGCCUAUUUGUGAAUCUAUUCCUUGUGAGUCACCUCCAGCCAUCUCCAAUGGAGACUUCUACAGCAGCAGUAGAGACAGCUUUUUCUAUGGGAUGGUAGUAACUUAUUAUUGCCAUACUGGAAAGAAUAGGGAAAAACUGUUUGAUAUGGUGGGUGAGAAGUCAAUAUAUUGUACCAGCGAAGACAAUCAAGUUGGCAUCUGGAACAGUCCACCUCCUCAGUGUAUUCCUAUAGUCAAGUGCCCAGUGCCAAAAAUUGAAAAUGGAUAUAUAGAGUCUGGAUUUAGACGCUCCUUCUUCUUAAAUGAUACAGUAAUCUUUAAGUGCAAGUCUGGCUUUACCAUGAAAGGCAACAGUAUAGUGUGGUGCCAGCCAAACAGCAAAUGGAGCCUUCCACUGCCAACAUGCUUCAGGGGAUGUCUACCACCUCAAAAUAUCCUCCAUGGUGAUUAUAACCAAAAGGAUAAGGAAUCCUUUUCUGUUGGCCAGAAAGUGUCCUAUAGCUGUAAACCUGGCUAUACUCUCGUUGGAACUAACCUUGUGGAGUGUACAACCUCGGGAACCUGGAGCCAUGCAGUCCCGACAUGUGAAGUGAAAUCAUGUGAUGCCAUUCCAAACCAGCUUCUCAAUGGCCACGUGUUUCUUCCCCCUAAUCUCCAGCUUGGGGCGGAGGUUUCCUUUGUUUGUGACCUAGGGUUCCAGUUAAAGGGCAAAUCUUCUAGUCAAUGUGUCCCAGAAGGAGAGACAGUAAUCUGGAAUAAUAAGUUUCCUGUCUGUGAACAGAUUUCUUGUGAGCCUCCUCCUGAAGUCAAAAACGCUCGGAAACUCUAUUAUUCUCUUCCCAUACUUCCGGGAACUGUUGUGAUAUACUCAUGCUCAUUCAAUCACCGCCUCAUUGGAGAAAAGGCUCUCUUUUGUAUAAGUGAAGAUCAAGUGACUGCCACCUGGGAUAAAGCUGCUCCUAUAUGUGAACCUAUGAAUAAAAACCUUUUCUGCUCAAUGCCCACGGUCCCAGGGGGAUUCAUGAUUAAAGGAUCUAGACCACAAUUCAGACAUGGUGACUCUGUGACAUUUACCUGUAAAGCCAACUUCACCAUGAAAGGAAGCAAAACUGUCUGGUGCCAGGCAAAUAAAAUGUGGGGACCAAGAGCACUGCCGGUCUGUGAGAGUGAUUUCCCUCUGGAGUGCCCAUCACUUCCAGCGAUUCAUAAUGGACACCACACAGGACAGCAUGUUGACCAGUUUGUUGUGGGGUUGACUGUGACAUACAGUUGUGAACCUGGCUAUUUGCUUACUGGAAAAAAGACAAUUAAGUGCUUAUCUUCAGGAGACUGGGAUGGUAUCAUCCCGACAUGCAAAGAAGCCAAGUGUGAACAUCCGGGAGAGUUUCCCAAUGGGCAGGUAAAAGAGCCUCUGAGUCUUCAGGUUGGCACAACUGUGUACUUCUCCUGCAAUAAAGGGUACCAAUUACAAGGACAACCCUCUAGUCAGUGUGUAAUUGUUGAAGAGAAAGCCAUCUGGACAAAGAAACCAGUAUGUAAAGAAAUUCUCUGCCCACCACCUCCACCUGUUCUUAAUGGAAGACACACAGGCAGCUCUUCAGGAAAUGUAACAUAUGGAAGCACAGUUACCUACACGUGUGACCCAAGCCCCGAGAAAGGAGUGAACUUCACUCUUAUUGGAGAGAAGACUAUCCAUUGUACCAUUGGUAGUCAGAAGACUGGGAUCUGGAGCGGCCCUGCUCCAUAUUGUGAGCUUUCAAUUUCUGCAGUCCAGUGUCUACAACCCCAGAUCAAUAGAGGGCAAAUGAUACCUAUUUUGAAAGAGAGUUAUUCAUAUAAUGACACUGUGGCAUUUGUCUGUGAUCCUGGCUUCACCUUGAAGGGCAGCAGGAGAAUUCGAUGCAAUGCCCAGGGCACAUGGGAGCCACCGGUACCAGUGUGUGAAAAGGGAUGUCAGGCUCCUCCUAAAAUCAUCAAUGGGCAAAAAGAAGAUAAAUACUUCCUCAACUUUGACCCUGGCACAUCCAUAAGCUAUAGCUGUGACCCUGGCUAUUUACUGGUGGGAGAGGACACUAUACAUUGUACCCCUGAGGGGAAGUGGACACCAAUUCCCCCCCAAUGCAAAGCUGCAGAGUGUAAGCCAGUAGGACCACAUCUCUUUAAGAGGCCUCAGAAUCAGUUUAUUAGGACAGCUGUUAACUCUUCUUGUGAUGAAGGGUUCCAGUUAAGUGAGAGUGCUUAUCAGCUGUGUCAAGGCACAAUUCCUUGGUUUAUAGAGAUUCGUCUCUGUAAAGAAAUCACCUGCCCACCACCUCCUAUAAUCCACAAUGGGACCCAUACAGGGAGUUCCUCAGAAGAUGUACCAUAUGGAACUGUGGUCACAUACAUGUGCUAUCCUGGGACAGAGGAAGGAGUAAAAUUCAAACUCAUUGGGGAGCAAACCAUCCACUGUACAAGUGACAGCAGAGGAAGAGGCUCCUGGAGUAGCCCUGCUCCUCUCUGUAAACUUUCCAUCCCUGCUGUCCAGUGUGCAGAUGUCCAUGUUGAAAAUGGAGUCAAGCUCACUGACAAUGAAGCCCCAUAUUUCUACAAUAGUAGUGUGACAUUUAAGUGUCAUGAUGGAUACAUUUUGAUUGGAAGCAGUCAGAUCCGCUGUAAAGCCAAUAACACCUGGGACCCUGAAAGACCACGUUGUGAAAAAGAAGGAUGUGAGCCUAUGCAAGAACUUCAUGACCUUCCAGAUGAUUCACAUAUAAAAUUAGUGAAUAGAACCUGUCAAAAUGGGUACCAGCUGACUGGAUAUACUUAUGAGAAGUGUCAAAAUGCUGAGAAUGGGACUUGGUUUCAAAAGAUUGCAGUUUGUACAGCUAUUCUCUGCCAACCUCCACCAACAGUUGCAAAUGGUCGUCACACAGGCAUGGCAGCAGAGCGCUUCCUGUAUGGAAAUGAAGUUUCCUAUGAAUGUGAUAAAGGGUUCUAUCUUGUGGGUCAGAAAAGUUUGAGGUGCAGAAGUGAUUCCAGAGGUGGUGGGUCGUGGAGUGCACCUCCCCCACAGUGCCUGCAAUCCUCUCCCCCAACCCAUUGUCCAGAUCCACAAGUCAAGCAUGGAUACAAACUCAAUAAAACUCAUUCUGCAUAUUCUCAUAACGACAUAGUACAUUUUGUCUGCAAUCAAGGCUUCAUCAUGAAUGGCAGUCACUUGAUAAGGUGUCAUACUAAUAACACAUGGUUACCAAGUGUACCAACUUGUAUCAGAAAGGCUUCUUUAGGGUGUCAGUCUCCACCCACAAUCCCCAAUGGGAAUCAUACUGGUGGGAAUAUAGCUCGAUUUCCCCCUGGAAUGUCAGUCAUGUACAGUUGCUACCAAGGCUACCUUAUGGCUGGAGAGGCACGUCUUAUCUGUACUCAAGAGGGUUCCUGGAGCCACCCUGCCCCUUAUUGCAAAGAGGUAAACUGUAGCUUCCCUGAAGAUACAAAUGGAAUCCAGAAGGGAGUUCAGCCUGGGAAAACCUAUCGGUUUGGGGCUACUGUGACUCUGGAAUGUGAGGAUGGGUAUACCUUGGAGGGAAGUCCACAGAGCCAGUGCCAGGAUGACAACCAAUGGAACCCUCCUCUGGCUAUCUGCAAAUACACAAGGCCCCACCCAGCCCAACCAGAGGAAGCUGUGCUGAAAGCUUUAUUCCGGAACCCAGCGCCAUUUCUCGGCACUCUGGGUGGGGCUGCUUUCCUCACCGCUAAGCCGCUAAGGCUGUGUUUGAGACGGAUCAGAGCAAUGGAGGCGAUUUCUCGGCGUUCAGAACCUCUGGACCCCGCGGGGCGCCGUGAAGCCUUCUGCCACAGAAGAGUCCUGCUGGCUGUCCUGCUGCUGUUCUUGCUGCCAUUUACUUGGGGUGAGCUACGGGGGCACGGAUGCACAGUUCACCUGAGACCCGCGGUAAACAGGCUCAGCACAGACUCUAAAGGGUCUGGGGUCCCUGUGGGUGCCCAGCGCCCCUUUCCCAUGAGUCAAUGCCCUGCCCCAUCACAGAUUCAUUUUGCCAGACUUUUAAACCAAACUGAUGAAUCCAUGUUUCCCAUUGGAACAUCUUUGAGGUAUGAAUGUCGGCCAGGAUAUAUCAGGAGGCCGUUCUCCAUCACCUGCCAACAAAACUCAACCUGGACAAGUGCUGAAGACAAGUGUAUACGUAAAAAAUGUACAACUCCUUCAGAUCCUCUGAAUGGCCUGGUACAUGUACACACAGACACCAAUUUUGGAUCCCGUAUUACUUAUUCUUGUAAUGAAGGAUACCGCCUCCUUGGUUCCUCCUCUGCUAUGUGCAUCAUCUCUGAUCAAAAUGUCGAGUGGGAUGCUGAGGCACCUAUUUGUGACCGGAUUCCUUGUGAGAUACCCCCAGGCAUUCCCAAUGGAUUCUUCAGUCCUAAUAUAGAAGAUUUUCAGUAUGGAAUGGUGGUUCACUAUCAAUGCAACACUGAUGCGAGAGGGAAGCCGCUCUUUAACCUGGUGGGUGAGCGCUCCUUACACUGUACCAGCAAUGAUGAUCAAAUUGGAGUCUGGAGUGGCCCUCCUCCUCAGUGCAUUGAACUCAACAAAUGUACUCCUCCCCGUGUUGAAAAUGCAGUCAUAGUGACUGAAAACAGAAGCUUGUUUUCCUUAAGGGAUAUUGUGGAGUUUAGAUGUCAACCUGGCUUUAUCAUGAAAGGAGCCAGCAGUGUGAGCUGUCAAGCUCGAAACGAAUGGAAGCCAGAGUUACCAAGCUGUUUCGAGGUGAAACCCUGUGGUGCUUUCCUGGACCAGCUUCCUAAUGGGCGUGUACUGUUUCCACUAAAUCUUCAACUUGGGGCCAAAGUGUCCUUUGUUUGUAAUAAAGGGUAUCAAUUAAAAGGCAGUUCUUCUAGUCAUUGUGUUCUUGAUGGAGUGGAAAGCAUUUGGAAUAACAGUGUUCCUGUGUGUGAACAAGUGAUAUGUAGACUCCCUCAGGAUAUGAGUGGAUUCCAGAAGGGACUGGAUAUGAAGAAAGAAUAUUACUAUGGAGAUAAUGUAACUUUGGAAUGUGAGGCUGGGUACACUCUGGAAGGCAGUUCUCAGAGCCAGUGCCAGGCCGAUGUCAGCUGGGAUCCUCCUCUGGCCAAAUGUGUAGCUCAUGUACCUAGCUCAAACAGUGGUCUAAUAGUUGGAAUUUCCGUUGGGAUAGUCAUCUCGAUUUUAGUCAUCAUUGUUUUCAGUUGGAUGAUUCUGAAGAAUAAAAAACGCAAUACCACAGAUGAAAAGUGUAAAGAAGUGGGUGUCUAUUUAAAUUCUAAAGAAGACAGCUGUGUUCGUCUUCAGUCUCUGCUCACAAGUCAGGAGAACAACAGCACCACUAGCCCAUCACGGAAUUCACUCACGCAAGAAGCCUCCUAAAUACCCACAAUGCAAAGUGAUGUGUCUCUGAAACUCUGUAUCACUUUACAAUAAACUAUUUUCUUUUAAGAUCUA